AUGGCCGGUCACAAAUCUCCCAAAAAACGUAAAACUCUUUCAAAAAAUAUCAGGUCAUCAAAAAAUUGCGCCCACAUUCCAGUGAACAACUUGAACGACAGAACAGUGAGUUUGACGCCUUACAACCGCUACUUCUACAGGCAACUGCAACUACCUACCAUCCCAUUCAAUGACGUCAUCGUCAAUUCAGAAAUGACCGGGCGCCCUGCCAUUGAGUACAGUGAAGACUCUGUCAGUCGAGAUUCUUAUACCAUGCAUCUAUCCAAAAAUGACAUCAACAUAGACAAAAUUUUAAAAUAUGCUAAAAAAAUUAAAGGAAUGAAACGUAAAAUUAAAAAAGAUAAACUGUUCAACAGUAAUCUCCAAAAACGAAAAAAACACAAAAAGAUUCCUAAUUCUUAUUUCCAGGAGCAUCAGGAAAACAUAUCAUCCAAUCAACAUCGCAGCCGCCUUCGUCGACGUCUUUUCCAGAGCAUUCACGACAAAUUUAAUAGAAAAGACUUGACAACGAGUGAAUCAGUUGAUGAUAUCGAACAGUCAUUCAACACGCCAAACUCAAUUUCCUGGUUAUGUGAACUAGCUCAAAACUCCAAAAUUGCAAGCAACAGUCUCAAGCCGGCAAAGUCUAAUCAUUCUGACUUAGCACCAAAUUACCAGAACACAAAAUAUCUCAAAAAAGGUUAUUUUAAAAAUAAAUUUGAUGAAUAUGAAAUUCUUCCAUAUAGAAAAGAAGAUCAGUCAAAAAGGAACAAACAAAAUGCACUGAGGAAACUUUUCGGAGACGAAAAUAUAAAUUAUGGCGAUGGGAAAUAUGAAAAGAUAAGCAAAAUUAUUAAGAAAAAUCAUAAAGAGGGAUCGAAGAUGGGAAAAAUUUUGCAACAGAGUAAACAUCGCAAACGUGUUGACGACCUCAAAAAUGUGGAAGUUAAGCAGAAACAAAGUUCAUCCCACCAUGAUCAAUCAGUAAGAAGAAGGCAAGCAUGCCACAACGAGUGUUUAUUGUCGUUUAAUAUAUUUGCCGUUCUACUCAACUUUAUAGUACAAAUAUUUUUUGGUUUCACGUCGGUCUUUCGGAAAUCAGAAUCAUAUCCAGGAAACUGUUGCAAACAAUUUUUCUUCAUACCUUCUUGCCACUGUUUUGAUCAUUCAAAAAACACUUCUUUGAAAUAUUAUUGUCGUAACAAUUCAAAGAGAAUUGUCUCAAAUGUUAGAAGCGCAAGAAGACGCGCUCGUGAGAUGCAGUUUGAUAAAGGCUAUGAAGCAACACUGUCAGACGAACAAAGCCAAGUCAUCGAACAUUCAAAAAACGAACGUUUACGUACUAGAAAAAAGAAAAAUGUGCAAGACAAAGCGGAAAAAAGAAAUAGUUAUUUAGGAGAGAAGCAGCAGACUCGACAACUUUACAAACCAGCAUCCCUCAAUGAUAAGCUCUCUCUCAAAACGGCCAGCCAACUAUGCUCUCGAAUUCCUGAUUUAAUUUUAUUCGUAUUAUCAACAUUUUGGAAAAUAUUUAUAAAUUUUAUAUAUUUUAUAUUUGUUAUUAACCAGCAAAAUAUAAAAAGUAAUGUUCGAAAAUUACCAAACAAACCAUAUGCAAAUGUUAAUUCAGAAUCUAAUUUGGGAACACGACAAGAGCCUAACAACAUGCUUACUGGUAAGCACUUUUUGAAUUCACCGCACAAUAUCGAUCGCACGUUAAAUUUCCAACAACGCACCAACAGUGGUCAUAAUAUUGGUCGCCAAAUAAAACAUAGAAGGUAUCAUCUGAAUUCUCAAAAAGGAGUUCCUGAGAGCCAUGUGAAUGAAAAAUACAUUGGCUACGAUAAUCGAGAAGCCGUUUGUAACGUCUGCUAUCAAUUCUGCGUCACACCCCCAACGUUUUUGUGCAACAAUCCUGCUCACUAUGAGUUUCAGCUACCAGUUAACAACUUUUCUUCGCUCCAGUCUGCUUUAACAUUAGAACGCCAACAUGAAUGUCAUUCCGAAAUGACGAAUGUCGUACAAAACCAUGAAACAACCGAAAAAGAAAAUAAUUUUCCAAAACGACCCAUCAAACAUAAUUUGAAUAAACAAUUUCAAAUGUGUGAAAAUAAAAUAUCUCCUAGCAAACGCAAAAGCAUUGAAAAUUUUUUAUGUUCACUAACUCGAAAAAGGAGGGAAUCGUACGAUAGUAUUUGUAAUGAACAUUUGAACAUCUGCAGAAACCGUGAAAAAAAUGAAGAUAAUAAAAAACGUACAAAUGAAAUUGAUUGCAAUAAAGAGUCUAAAAAUGUUGAAACAACAUUAAACCAAGUUGAGGUUGAAGAUAAAAUAAAAAAAAUACCACUCAUUAGUUACGUUGAAACUAUCAAGGCACCUGAAAAGACCAAGAAAAAUUGUAAUACAAAAACAGAAGCACAAAACCCGAAAAAAAAUGAUUGUGUAAAACCAGAUUUUAAUCAAUAUGCUGGGACUAAUAUAGAUUCGGCAAUACACUCUGUGAAAAAUAAGAAAUUAUCCGCCUAUAAAAACAGAGGAAGAAACAACAGCCGCUGUAGAAAAGGGCGACCUAGCAGAAGACAUCUUGAUAGAAGCACUGGAGUUAAUAAAAACAAACAUUCAGAAUCAAAUUUUGAGGCAGAAAAGUGCAAAGAGCAAUUAGAAAUAAAAAGUUCAACUAGAAAAAUCGGACGUCACAAAAGUUGUUUGUCAAACAAAUGUCAACAACCUGAUUGUGUAAUAAAAAUGUCUACACCAAAAUGCACAAAGACUGUUAAACGGCCUGCUAAAUCAAAUGAAAUGAUGCCAAAAUUUUAUAGCGAACAAGUACUGACUGAAAAUCAACGACAUCUGCUUCAUUUGCCAACAAAAUCUCAAAAACGAGACAAUAAUCACAUCAAACAAAAAAUGUUAUCUAAUUCAUUAACAAUUCAAUCGUCCUCACCUGACAUAAUUGAAAGGGUAGGAUUUUCUGAUCUUCUGAUUUUCAGCAUCGACAAAACAUCCCACAUUAAAAAAGCCAAUUCAUCAAAUGAACAAAUUCCAAAUAAAUAUUUUCCUGAUGAUGAACAUUUUGAAAAUAUUCAAACGAAUUAUUUUAUCGAAGAUAAAAAUGACAGACCAAAAAAAGUUGUUCAAAAAUUGUCAACGUUUUCAAACAAAACUAUAAAAAAAUCAAGCAAUUCUUGGGUAGACAAAAUGUCGCACAAUUUAACAAGAUCAAUCUCUUCCAAUGUUUCAUCUCAUCAAUCUUUUUUACAACUAGCAAACUGUCAGAACGAUAGUUCCCUGGAUGGAGUAAAUGUUGAAGCACGCGAAUCCAAAUUAAACGAAAUUUUUAGGAGAUCAAAACAACAACUCACAUGCACGAAUAUAACGUCUCAAAUUCAGCAACAAAAAAAACGAUGUAAGAAAAUUCUCCAAACAUGUGCUGUCCAACCUGCUCUUGCAAUCAACCAACAAAAUGAAGAUUGUUGUGAAAAUGCUAUGGAUCAGAAAUUAUUGAUCGAUAGAAAUAUAUCGACAGUUUCAAAACUAAAAUUAAAAGCAACUUCACCUGUCUUGAUUUCAGCAGCAAGUUCAAUAACAAUAAAGUUGGCAGAAUCUGUGAAACCUAUGCAAGAUGCAAGUGAUCAGGGAAAUAUUUCACCCACACCCUUGAUUGUUGAUGUCUGCGAGAAGAAAACUGAAGAUUUACAUGAACAACUUCUGAGCGUACGUAACGCACAACCAUUAAAAACUGACAUCAAAAAUUCUGAAAAAAUAAAAAAAGAUUGCCUAAGCAAUUUCUUUUCAGAAAAUAAUAUAACAAAUAAAAAAUCAGGGUCGGUGAAUAGUUUGAAGUUGUUGAUGAGUGAUGACAUCAAAAAACUCCGAGAAGAAGAAAAAUUUCAACAAAAUUUUUUAUCCUAUCGACAACAACGAUUGCAAUAUCAUCGAGAACAGCAGGAACAUUUACUUAACCAUCAGCAAUAUCAGAUGCUAGAAAAACAAUGUAAUGAGCAACAAGAGUGUCAACAAACACAACAACGACAACAUCAACAGCACCAACAACAUCAAAAUGAAGAACAAGAAAGAAAACAAGAACAAUGUGAGGAGGUACAACAGAAACAACUGCGAGACCAGAAACAGAAGCGAGAACAACUAGAAAAACAACUAAAUGCAGGACAACAACAACAACAACUGCUUACUACUUUUUUAAAACAUCAACAGCAUCAACAUCAAACACUGCCACAUCAAAAUUAUUCUUUUUCAACAAAUCUAUGUCAUCUAAAACAGCAGAAUCCUCUACGAAAACAAACACAAAAAAAGCAACAACAUUGUUUACAACAACAACAACAACCACAACAUUUUCAAAAACAUCAACAUGAUGAACAACUUCAACAACAAAAUUUUCAGAAACGACAAUGUCAGCAACAACGUCAAGAGCAGCAACGUUCUCAACAGCAACAACAUUAUUAUCAACAAAAACAUGAAUUGGAACAUCACCAACGGUUUCAACAUCCGGAAACUGACAAAAAAUUAAAAUCUCGUUUUAAUCACGAAACAUUCGACAGAAGUCAGUCGUUUUGUCAUACUGGAAAUUAUCAUGAUGAGCAAUCUAAAUUUUUUCAGCCACCCAACGAACGUCAAACAAGACAUUUUUAUGAAGAGUCGAAAAAUGAUUCUCUUGAAAUUAAUCCUGUUAAGAGGAACCAGGACAGAAAAACGAAUCCGUCUAAUUGCCAUAGAGAGAAAGAGUUGCAGCAACAAUUUGAGAAUUUGCAGCUCAUUCAAAAACAACAAUUUGAUCAAAUAUUGCAAAAUCAGUUUGGCCCCAGCAGUACAUCAUUACAAAAUGUUUCAACUUCACAUUUAGAUUUAAAGCAAAGAAAACGACCAAAUUAUCAGAACCAAUUUCCCGUGUCUUUAAUGUCAAACACUGACAACAUUACAAACAAAGUCAUCAAUCCUUCAGAAGUGUGUUUUCCGGGGCACGCGUGUUUGCAAAGAAGCCCAAGUAGCGUUGUAUGUCACAACCGCAAGCAGUUCGAUAUUUGUUCAAAUUCAAAUCUGACAUCGCCUAGUCUCUACCAGAUAAACCACAAAACUAAACACAUAGCGCACGAAAGAACGCUUCAAUACCUUACAAAUAAUAUUAACUGCCUAACAUCUGAUAAUGAGCAGAUUAAAAAUUCUGUAAAGUCUACAGACGAAAUAUCAAAAAAAUUUUCAGAAACUCCAAAAAACCAGACGACAUCUUUCAGAUUCUCGCCAGUCGUGUCAACAACAUUGAUCACAUCGGCCUCACCCACUUCUUUAAUAACUACAACGCUUCUAUCGUCUCUUCCUCCUAAGAAUGAAAAAUCACAACAUUCAACAAAACUGAAGAGAAAGAUGUUGGAGAAAAUAUGCAAAAUCGCAUUAAGUCCCUUGCUGGAGAUAGAUGAUGACAGCCGGAAAUAUGAUAGCGACAAUAGGAUAAACGAUGAUACAGAUUAA